AUGCCUACAGCAUUACUGGGGUUCAAGACGUCGGAGACAGAGAACGGCGUGAAGGCUGUGAAAGAGACAAAGAAGGUAGAAGCGAUCUUCAAACCAUGGCCGUAUUUCCUUCCUUCUUUUCUGCAACCCAAGGAUGGCACAACGUUUGCGCUUGUUGAUGGCAGUUCCACCACUCAUACCAAGCACACAGGCGUCCUCCAGGCCAUUUUGUACGGCGUCCCAGAUCCAGAGCGCUUCUCUUACAAGCGAGAAUUGGUGGCUCCAGGUAGCCUUCUGCAAAAGAUCCUGUAUGGAAUCAAAGAGAUGGAUGAUGGAGAGGGGGUUGUUCCUGUUUCUAGUGUCACAGUUGCAAAGGUUGAGGAUGAGGCUAUGGGUGAAGACAAUGCAGGAAGGAAAGCGAAGAUAACAGUGGUGAAGAACGUGGAUGUCAAAGUCGAGCAUAUUAUGGGAGAUGUAACCGAACUCCUGGCUUCUCUUAUAGACGAUCCGGGUUCAAUACGUCAAGCUGGGGUCGGUCUACAUGCAACCUCCUCUCCAUCGUCCUUCACAGCAAUCAACAGGAGCACUAUUGCCAACACCGCCGUCAGGAGGAAUACUUCUGAGCCUCGCAGGUCGAACAAAAAGCCAAAGACAGCAUCCGAUCUCAACAAAGAACACGAUGGACCAGAUACGGCUCUCAAUCCUGAACCUCUUCACCAGAUUGAUGCCAUGACUACAACAUCCUCUUCAAAGACGAGAUCUGCUGCCGUGAUUCCGUCUUCUACUUCAAAUGUCGCUCCUAAGCGUAAACCUAAAACCGGCAGAAACAGCAAAGGAAUGGCUGCCAAGGAAGAUCUUUCCUUAUCACGCGAGUCCUUGGAAAGCACAGUCUUUGAGACCGGAUCAGCAGCUGCGGCGGAAGAAAAGACAACAAUCGAGAUACAUAGAUCGGCAAAGGAAGCAGAAUGGCAGUUGUUUCAGCACGGACUGGGUUGGCAUGAGGGACGCGAUCCUUAUGGUCUAGCUAGUCAGCCGUAUCUGUGGCGGGAAGAACUGGGUCUGAAUCUGAAUCCAGAUCUACGUAGGCUUCGCCCUUAUACUCUCUUCGUAGCCAUCCCUACCACGUCCAACUCCUCGACUAUUAUCAGUUACUGGAAGCCGUCGUCAUUCACCUCACGCUCUCACAUACAGCUCCAUACGCCGCUUAAGCUCGCUCAAAUCCAGCUUGUCGAUUCAUGCGAGGAUUUCGGCGUUGUGUGCAUUCCAGCUCCCGAACUUGGCCUCGCAGACUUCUUCCAACGCCAGAUUGAAUCUCUAGAGAUAUCGUCUCAAGAUGGAGAGAUGACAUCGAAGCUUGUCGCCAGUUUGCGGGACUCAAAGGCCGGCAACGCUAAUGGCGAUGGAGUGGAAGUGAACAUUCUUAGCAUCACGAUCCUCGGAGAUGAAAACGGGGACCUAGUUCCCGAAGGGUGCAAGUUGCUCUGGAGGUGGGUGAAACCCCACAGUCAGUAUUGUAAGUCAGGUUUUUGGGACUGCAGCCUGACAAAGGUCUUGGUGGAUGCCGAGUGGAAUGCAGGCAAAGGCGUCUCUAUAUUGGUAAAGGCUGCGGAAGAGGAAGAAUACGACAGGGUGUUGCAAGGCGAAAAGAAGGCUGAAUGUCCCUUUCAAACAUAA